AUGUUUUUACCAAUAAACACUUAAAGUAUUUAAUUUUAAGAAUAUUAGAAACAUAUUUGAAUGUCAAUGAUUGUUUGGAUGGAUUGAAAGGAUAGAAAUUACAUGACAUUUCACUUUAGAUUACUUAAGCUAGAAAUGAGAUUUUAAAAUAGAUGUAAUAAUCAACUAAUCGAAAGAGAGUAUUGGCUGAAGAAAUGAGUUAAAAUAUUGAUGAAUUCUUAGAAGCUGUAAUAAUAAAUUGAAAUAAUGAGUUUAGAAACAUUCUAUUAGUAAAAGAUUUCAGAAAUAAGUCUUUAAUUUGAUUGAUUCCAAGAAGAUUGAAUAAGAAUGUGAAUAACAUAAGAUAGUAUGUAUUGAAACAGAUGAAGUUAAAGAUGAUUUUAAGUAAUUGCAUGAUUUGAUUAAAUCUACAUUUUGUAAAUGA